AUGGACGCCCACUUGGGAAUUUCACAAUUCCAGCAGUCGUACGAAUGUGCCAGCGAGGAUCGAUGUGUUGUUGACACGCUCGAUCUGGCCGUCGAUCGUAGGAUCACGGCCGUCUGGUUUCCUUUGAGGAGCAGACAUGGAGAUAGUCUCCAGUCGUCGCCCGAGUUGAGGAUUGACUCACCCGUGUACCGGAGUCCGGAGCGUAGUGGUGGUAGCCGCAUCGACGGUGACAGAUUUUCAAGAUUUUCGUGUGAACGCCUUCAAUCUGAAAUCCCUGCGACCUCCGCAUGUCCGAUCAUUGAUCGCCGAGCUGGACUUGGCCCGGCGAUCGUAGGAUCUCUUUGGCUGUCGAGCCACCGUUGCGGGGCGAACAUUUCCGGUCGUGCCUAG